AUGGGCAGCCGCGGGGAAUACGGCUGCUCCGUGGACGAGCUGCGGACUUUGAUGGAAUAUCGUGGGGCAGAAGCUCGAGAAAAAUUAGAUGCUGAAUAUGAUGGUGUUGAAGGUUUAUGUAGGAGGUUGAAAACUGAUCCAAAUAAUGGGCUGCCUCAGGAUAAGGAUGAACUUGAUAGGAGGCGAGCAGUAUUUGGUGCGAACGAAAUACCGCCACAUCCACCGAAAUCGUUUCUGCAGCUUGUUUGGGAAGCGCUUCAGGAUGUAACGUUGAUUAUUCUUCUUGUAAGCGCCAUAGUAUCUCUUGCGUUAUCAUUUUAUCGGCCACCCGAUGAUGGUUUAGGAGCAGGUUCUGAUGAUUCGGAGCAUGAAGCUGGUUGGAUUGAAGGAGUUGCAAUUUUAAUUUCAGUUGUAGUUGUGGUCCUUGUAACAGCUCUCAAUGAUUAUACUAAAGAGCGUCAAUUUAGAGGCCUCCAAGCGAAAAUAGAAACUGAGCAUAAAUUUGCUGUCAUUCGUGGUGGGAAUCAAAUACAAAUUGUCGUUAAUGAAUUAGUUGUCGGUGAUAUCGCUCAAAUUAAAUAUGGCGAUUUACUUCCUGCUGAUGGUAUCCUUGUACAAAGUAACGAUCUAAAGAUUGACGAGUCCUCAUUAACGGGUGAAUCCGACCAGAUUCGUAAAAGUCCUGAAUUGGACCCAAUGCUUCUAUCUGGUACUCAUGUGAUGGAAGGUAGUGGAAAAAUGGUUGUUACGGCAGUGGGUGUCAACUCGCAGACAGGAAUUAUUAUGACUCUUCUUGGUGCAGCUAAAGAUGUCGUAGAAGAAGAACGUAAAGCUGCGAAACGUGAAGGCAACCUUAUCUGGCAUGCAGUGCUCUAUCAUUGUGCUACCGCAUUGAGCGAUCGGAUACAUAAAAUGUUAAUGAUGAUUCAUUUAAUAUCACGUGCCAGAAGCAAUAUUUUAGCAAGCGAUGCUAUAGCAAGUGCAGGAGUUGAAGAUGGAACUGCUCAAGCUCUUCUAACUGAUCAUGUGAAGGCGACCGGUUUAGCAGAAGGAAGUAAUGGUGAUUUGAGUAAUGAAGCUACAAAAGAUGAAGUUGAAAGCAAAAAAGAACGUUCUGUUUUACAAGCUAAACUUACUCGUCUUGCCAUUCAGAUCGGUUAUGCAGGAUCAUUUGUGGCUGGCUGUACUGUUCUCAUUCUUGUUACACGAUUUUGCAUUAGUCGUUACAUGAUUGAAGAGAAAGCAUUUAGUGUGGGAGACUUUCAGCACUUUAUUAAUUUCUUGAUUAUUGGUGUAACUGUCCUUGUUGUUGCCGUUCCGGAAGGCCUUCCUCUUGCUGUCACUCUUUCUCUUGCAUAUUCUGUCAAAAAGAUGAUGUUGGAUAAUAAUCUUGUUCGACAUUUGGAUGCUUGUGAAACAAUGGGUAAUGCAACAAGCAUAUGUUCAGACAAGACGGGAACUUUAACAACUAAUCGAAUGACUGUUGUACAAAGUUACAUCAACGAAAUUCAUUAUAAGGAAACACCAAAGUUCGAGUCACUGAAUAAGGAAACAAGUGAUUUAUUAAUAAAUUUAAUAUCGAUCAACAGUAGUUAUGCAUCGCAGGUUAUGCCUGCUAAAAAUCCUGGUGAACAACUCACACAGUUAGGUAAUAAAACUGAAUGCGGGCUUCUGGGAUUUGUCCUUGCAUUAGGACAAAGUUAUCAAGCAAUCCGAGAUAAAUAUCCCGAAGAAAAGAUUUUCAAAGUUUAUACAUUCAAUUCUGUUCGUAAAUCAAUGUCUACUGUUAUCGAAUUGAAAGAUGGCAACCUUUUCGCCGGUUACAGGGUAUUCAGUAAAGGAGCAUCUGAAAUUAUUUUGAAGAAAUGUAAAUGGUUUCUGGCUAAAGAUGGUCUUCCGAAAAAAUUUUCACAGAAAGAUUGUGAUCGUCUUGUCAGUAAUGUUAUUGAACCUAUGGCUUCAGAUGGCUUACGUACCAUAUGCCUCGCAUAUAAAGAUUAUGUUACAAGAAGUGAUAAUGUACAAGAAAAUCAGAUUCGAGCUACAAAAGAAAUUGACUGGGACAAUGAAGAUGCUGUCGUCAAUGAUUUAACUGCCAUAGCUAUUGUAGGAAUUCAAGAUCCAGUCAGACCAGAAGUACCGGAAGCAAUUGCGAAAUGUCAACGUGCUGGCAUAACUGUACGUAUGGUGACAGGCGAUAACAUCAAUACUGCUCGAUCAAUCGCUACAAGCUGUGGAAUUUUACGCCCUGGUGAAGAUUUCAUCGCUUUGGAAGGCAAAGAUUUCAAUGCACGAAUCCGAAAUGAAAAAGGAGAAGUAUCACAAGAGAAAUUAGACACAAUAUGGCCUAAAUUACGUGUCCUUGCUCGAGCACAACCAUCCGACAAAUAUACACUCGUUAAGGGUAUUAUUGAUAGUCGCAUCACAGAUAAUAGAGAAGUGGUAGCUGUAACAGGAGAUGGUACCAAUGAUGGGCCAGCAUUGAAAAAAGCCGAUGUUGGUUUUGCCAUGGGCAUCGCUGGUACAGAUGUCGCAAAGGAAGCAUCGGAUAUCAUUUUGACAGAUGAUAACUUCACUUCUAUUGUCAAGGCAGUUAUGUGGGGACGGAAUGUUUACGAUUCAAUAGCGAAAUUUUUGCAGUUCCAGCUUACAGUGAACGUGGUUGCCGUUGUUGUUGCAUUUGUCGGUGCAUGUGCUAUUCAGGAUACUCCAUUAAAAGCAGUACAAAUGCUUUGGGUAAAUCUUAUCAUGGAUACUCUGGCAUCAUUAGCUUUAGCUACCGAAAUGCCAACGGAAGAUCUGUUAAAACGAAAGCCGUACGGACGCACUAGUCCCCUCAUAUCUCGUACAAUGAGCAAAAACAUCUUAGGCCAUGCAUUCUAUCAGCUGCUCAUCUUGUUUGCCCUCAUUUUUGCAGGAGAACGUUUUUUCGAAAUUGAGAGUGGCAGGUGGGCAGCGUUACACUCACCUCCGUCCGAACAUUUUACUAUUGUUUUCAAUACCUUUGUUAUGAUGACACUUUUCAACGAAAUCAAUGCACGGAAAAUUCAUGGCGAGAGGAAUAUUUUCACAGGUUUAUUUUCGAAUCCUAUCUAUUAUGUUAUUUGGAUUGCUACAAUGAUUGCACAAAUAUUUAUUGUGCAAUUUGGUGGACGUUGGUUUUCAACAGCUGCAUUAAAUUUAGAACAAUGGUUAUGGUGUUUAGCAUUUGGCGUUGGUGUACUGUUAUGGGGCCAAGUGGUGACAACAAUACCCACGUCUGGCUUGCCAAAGAAUAUGGCAAUAGGUGGUGGUGAUGUGACAUCAACUGAAAAUAUCCUAAGCGGCGAAUAUGAAGACUCAGCAACACACGAGAAACGCUCUGGGCAAAUUCUGUGGAUCAGAGGAUUGACACGACUUCAAACGCAGCUUCGCGUUGUGAAAGCAUUUCGAUUAUCGUUGGACGAGUUCGAGGAGAAGCGUUCUAUUGCCAGUACGCAAUCCUGUAACUCGAUGCGUGGUGUAGUUGGUGCUGGAUGGUCCUAUUUAUCAUUAUCCAGAAUUAAUGCUCCACGUGCUGCUUCAUGUGGUGGACCAUUACCAAGUCAAACACGUGUUGCAUUUGUAAAAUUAAUGCAACGUACUAAUGCUCCACAAUCAUCAUAUCCAUCCUAUCAUUCACAACAGUCCUCUACACCAUCAUCAAAGCGACCAACACCAAUUAAGCUUGGUAAUCCUACUGAAUAUAACAUUCCGUUAACAACAGCAUCAACAAUGCCAACAGCGACAGAGAAUGGUCAUGAAUUAGCUACAAAUGCUAUGAUACUUAGUGAGCAACAACAACAGAUGAUUGCAACACAACCUAUAGCAUCUUUAGUUAGCAGUCAAUUCGAGAAAGUACCAUUGGUACAACGAUGGCGACCAUCUAGUGGUUCGAGGAUUGGUAAAAGUAACUCACUGGAUAUUCCAGUUUCAAUUGCUCAUGUUUAA